AUGCUCGCGCAACAGCAAGAAGUCGAGGCGGAUGUCCGCAAGGAAGACCAGCUACGUAUCAACGAGUUCGGACGCAACAACGCGCAGCUGCACGACGUGCGCGACCAGAAAAAGGCUCUCAAAGAGACGCUCGAUACUCUCGAUGACGCCAGUACGGACGUCAUGAUGGGCGAAGGGGACGCUGUCCAGCUUUUGAUUGGUGAGAGUUUUGUCGAAACAUCCGAGGAGGCAGCUCAGGAGUACAUUGAAAAGCGCGUCGAGGAAGCAAAAGAGGAACUGCACAAGCUGGAAGCAGUGGAGUCCCAACUGGAAGCUCGACAGGAUGAGUUGAAGAAAUUGCUGUACAGCCGCUUUGGUCAGAGCAUCAAUCUGGAAGACAGCUAG